AUGGUGGAGCAUAGGACCUCAAGUGGUGGCCUGGAAGAUGGAAAGAAAACCAUACAACUAAGACCAAACUCUUUGUUUGAGUAUGACAAAAAUGUUGGACCUGUCAUCGUUGGAUUGGACAAAAAUAUAAACUACUACAAACUCUUGUAUGCUACUCUUUGUAUUCGGCAAAUUAUUGUGUCCGAACCCGGGUGCCUUUUUAUUGCUACCAAUCGUGAUACUGUUGGACAUUUCACGGGUGUACAGGAAUGGCUAGGUGCGGGAUGUAUGGUUGCUGCUAUAUGUGAAUCAGUGCAAAAGGAGCCCGUUAUUGUCGGAAAACCGUCGACUUUCAUGAUGGACUUCUUAUUAGAGAGGGGAAAUUAUUGGGUUCGGACAUCGGACACAUCUUACCGUUCGGUACUUCACAGUACCGAGCAUACUGAGCUCGGUACUUAG